AUAGCAGGCUCCUAUCCUAUCCCUUCUUGUCUGAAACCUUCACCUACCACUAUUUCCUUUCACUGACAGAUGGGUGACCUGUCCCUAUGCUGCUCAUUUGCAAUAUAUGAACCAAGCAGGGGCGGACUGACAACUCAUGGGGCCCCCGGGCAAUAAGGGAUCAUGGGGGCCCCUGUGUCCUUGCCCAAACUAAAAAAAGCCUAUGAAAAAGGUACCAGGGGGAUCUCAUGGGGCCCCCUACUGACCCCGGGCCCUCGGGCAGUGCCCGAGUUUCCAAAUGGUCAGUCCGCCCCUGAC